UAGAAAAACAACAAAGCCUUCCAUUUGAAUUCCCUGAGUAUCCAGAUGUGGAGGCUGUGGGGCUGUGUUGUGUUUGGAGCUAACAGAAGAACAGGCUCGGGUGGCUACCAGGCUGACUGCAUGACGGUGGUGACUCACUGACUCAACUAUGCCCUCUAGUGACCGUCUACAGGAGCGCAAGCACUGCAACCAGCCUGCCCAGAGGAGCGCACACAGAGCUGCGUCCAGGGGGAGUCCAGUCCUGCAGGCGUUACGGAGUGUGAUUUGGAGAGGAGUGCAGAUCGUCUGUGACGCGCUCAAAGGAGCAGAUUUAAACGAUGAAGAUUCUGAGUCCCCAUCCCAGAGCCUUGACGACUCUACUGCUAACAGGAUGUUUUACUCCUGUUAUGAGAAUCUAGAGGACAUCCGCUGGGGGGAAGAGAGGCAGCAGUCAGAUACUGAGCUUAGAACCUCCACUCCAGUCAGGAAUGUGUACUUGCCAGAGAGCAGGGGAGACGUCCACAUCAACACCAAACUGAGAGCUGUGCGGCAGGCCUUCCAGAUCAUCGCCCACGACACAGAAUCCAGGAACUUCCUGAAGGAGGCGGGACUUACUAUCCUGACUGGAUUGCUGUCAUUGGCAGGGAAGAAGAUGGAGGGCUUCACCCUUGUGUGGGACUGCCUGAUGGCGUUUGCUGAGAACCCGUCCAACUGGGACUCCAUCACCAAGGAGUGCCAGAAAGCAGGGAUGCAGACUCCGUGCUUUUACGACCUGUUUUAUGAGGCUAUUGUGCUCAGGCUGCUGGAAUGCACUGAUCAGGUGCCCCCUACCCUGAGCACCACCCUCCGCACACCCUGGCUCUCCACCAGCAUGAAGAAAACUACCGUGAUGUUCCACGCCUGGGCACGCACAAGGAGAGACAGAGAGCAGCUCACGGGCCCGCAGGGCCUGUACCACCACCUGUGUGAGGUGCGAGACUACAUCGACCCGGAAAUAAUGUGGGCCGCAAUCGGACCCCAGAGUGACGCCAAAGAUUUCUACUUCCUGCUCAGGGGUGAGGUAUUGUCCUUUGUCCACCGCAUCUUCCACCUGGACACACAGAGCUACGUUUCUCCGGCGGUGUUGGCCGUGCAUGUCUUUUCUGCGUGGAGGGGUCUCGUUGGUCGCCUGCAGGAGUACCUGAUGGAGCAGCGACACACAGAGAGAUGACGCAUGCCCUGAACUAUCAUAAACCCCCCCACAAACCUCUAACCCUCCCUAUAGUAAGAUUAUAAUCCCAGUAGGCCCAGCCUCUAACCCUCCCUAUGGUAAACCUCU